AUGUCGCCAUUCAGUUGUCCACUUUGUGUAUCGAAUCGGUGUUUCGGCAGUUUUGCCAAAAUGUUCCAACAUAUAACAUUGUAUCAUCAGCACGAGCCAAAUUUCAAUAUCACAUGCGACUUACAUAAUGCAUGUGGAGUUUUGUACAGAAAUUAUUCUGCUUAUAAAGCUCAUGUCUAUCGACGACACGCAUCUGAAGUUCUGUUGAAAAACAAACCGAAUAAUACUUCAAAUGUUACUCCUAAUGAAAGUCAACAGCAAGAAAGUAUGAAUAAUCUAUUUAUGGAAUUAGGUACAAUCAACGAUUGUGAUAAUACAUGUGAUCCUGCUAAUGAUGAUAUUGAAGCAAUUCUUAUAGAUGAUGAUUGCGAAACGAAUAUUUGUAAUCCUGAAUUGUUUUUUGAUUCCAUUAACGCCGACGAAAGCUUUUCUGAAUUUUUGUUGAUUAUGAAACGAUCGUACUUGCAGUUUAUUUUGGAAUUACGUGAAGAAUAUUUACUGCCGCAAGGUGUUACAAAUAUCAUUUCCACGUACAUUGUAACGCUUUUUCGUCAUUUAGAAAUUUUAUUGAAUAAAAAAGCAUUUAUUCCAUCUACAAAUAUUUAUUCAUCUUCAACGUCGUUACCAGAACAAAACAAGAAAAUAAUUGAAAUUUAUCAACUGCACGAAAUAUUCAAUGAUUUAUCAAAUAUGAUCGAAUCGAUUUCUAAAAAUAAUUAUCAAUUUAUUAAAAGUUGUGAGAAAUAUUUCGAUUUUAAUUUACCUGAACAAGUUGUGUUAUCAUCACCUAAUGAACCUAUCGAAUCAGCUUAUUUUAUUCCGAUUGAUCGAACAUUGUCAUUGAUGUUAAAAUCUCAACGACUUCCUUUAGAAAUCUCGGAAAAUAUUCAACAACAACGAAUCAGCGCAGAAAAUGAUUCGGAUCUAAUGUAUUCAAUAAGAGAUGCGCAUUAUGGUAAUCGUUUCGAUGAAGAUAGCUUUUUAAUCCAGUUGUAUUUGGAUGACAUUGGUCUUACUAAUCCGAUUGGUGCGAAACGCGACAAACAUAAAAUGACUAUGAUAUAUUUUUCUCUGGAGGAUGUACCAGAUAAAUAUCGAUCGAAACUCGAUUUCAUUCAGUUAGUUGCUGUUUGUGAGAGCAAACAUCUCAAAAACGAUGUUAAAGCUCGCCGCUUCUUCGCGCCGAUUAUUGAAAAUUUAAACAAGUUGCAAUUGCAUGGUAUUUCAAUUCAUGGCGUUCAUCUUACGUUUUCUUUCUCUACCGUUGUUGCUAACAAUCUAGCAUCCCAUUUUAUAGGUGCAUUUCAAUCUUGCUUCAAUGGUGGUCAUUUUUGCCGAAGGUGUUAUAUUACAUAUUCAGAGAAGAAUUUGCCAAUUCCAUUAUCGAAAAUUCAGACUCGAUCAAUGAUUGAUCACGAUGAUCUUGUUGAUAAGAUCAUCAAUGAUCCUAAUAGAAUACCUUUGAAAGGUGUUAUUGGACCUAGUCCUUUGCUAGAGUUGAUUGGUUUUCAUGCAACAACAUCAUUACCUCGAGAUCUCAUGCAUGAUUUCAUUGAAGGAAUCUGCCCAGUGAUUAUAAUUUCUUUACUCAAACAAGCGUCUUCAUUGCGAAUUUUAACAUACAUGCGCAUACAAGAACGUAUGGAAAACUUUCAAUAUGGAAAAUUUGAUUCCAGCAAUCAACCGCCACCACUACUUGUAAAACACCUUCAAAACGAUCAUAUGGUUGCCACAGCCGCUCAAAAAUUAUGUUUUUUCAAGCUUUUCCCUAUAAUUUUUAAUGAUACAGUUGAUCUUUUACCUUCAUUUAUAGUAUACAAAGUACUACGAGAAAUACUUGAUCUUAUAUUGUCUUAUCCAUUUCGAAAAAAAUGGUUGUAUAUACUUGGUGAAUUAUGUGAUACUUUCCACGAAACAAUGCUAAGUCAUUUUCCGGAAAAAAUAACGCCAAAGGGUCAUUUCAUUCGCGAGUAUAAAUACAUGAUAAAUGAUUUUGGUCCAGCAGUUCGACAAUGGUGUUUUCGAUAUGAAGCCAACCAUUCCUACUUCAAGAAAAUCACGGCCCGAACGAAUAAUUUUAAAAACAUUGCGAAGAUGCUUGUUACACGUUAUCAUUUAAAGCAAUGUUUGACAUUUGGUCAUUUAUCUCAAUUACAAUCAAAUAAAUAUUCAGUUGGAAUAAAAAAAGCUCGAAGUACUUGCUUCGAUUCAGCAAUGAAAGUUAUCCUACUGAAACAUUUCGAUCAUGCUGACUUUGACACAGAUUUUUAUCAAUGCAAAACGUUAGUUUAUGAUAAUGUUGAAUAUCGCCGAUGUGGAGUGCAUAUUAUAGAUUUAAAACCAUCUCAUGAGCAACCGAUAUUUGGUCAAAUUGCUAUGAUUAUAAAAAAGAAUGAAAAAUGGUGGUUAUUAAUUGAUGUUCUUGAUACCAUUUGUUAUGAUGAAAAAUUGUUUGCUUGGCAAAUACAAUCUACAGCUCGAUACUCUUUGAUUGAUCCUAAUAAUUUAGUUAUUAUUUGUUUUCUAGAACAUGAUGUAGAUGGUCCAACGCUCAAGAUGCUGAAUAAUGUUGAACGAAUAUCACUGUUAAUACCGAAACUGAAACAACAGUUACUUUUCUUAGAAGAACGUGAGAAAUUAUUUCGAAAAGUUGAUGACGGUUCAGUUUCGUGUGAUGGUUCGAUUUCAUAUGAUGGUUCAAUUUCAAGUUAUGGUUCAAUUUCAUGUGAUGAUUCAGUUUCAUGUGAUGGUUCAUUAAUUAAUACAUCUACAAUACCUAAAGCACCAAUUUUUACUGCAACAAAUGCUCAAACAACACCUGCUGUUUCAGUUAAUUCGAAAUCACAAUCUUCAAUUUCUCUGUCAACUCCAAAUCUUUCAUCAAGAAUGUCUAUGAAUAAUUUAACAACUGGUCAAGUUAUUACUGUUGCAGAUACUUCUUCAUCUUUUCCAGAUGUAUAUGAAGUACCAAUAUUACCAAAAGCUUUAUUAAAAGAUAUUGAAUCUGGAAAUCUCAAAAGUUUUGGUCCACAUUGUCAAAGUCGGCAAAUACUAAUCGAUGCAGUAGUUCACGAUCUGAUUGAAAAUUAUAAUUUACUCUAUCUAUCAAAAACACAAUAUAAUAUCGUUGGUUCUGCUCUUGUACGAUGUUUGAAAUUACCUUCAACACCAGAAAAUCUAACGAUUUGGAAAGAUGCUUUACAAACUAAAUUAAAACGUACACGUGCUGAUUAUCCAAAUAGCAGUCUUGUUCAAGUAUUUCGAUUUAAAUAUUCCAAGGUGGGAUCUGGACGUCCAGUCAAACAAAAAAUUGGCGAAAUUGUUGAACGUGAUAGACAUAAACAGAUGGUAAUAAUGCCAUAUAGCAACGAGCUGUCUGAUGAAAUUCAAACUAAAGUGGUACAAUUACAAAAUUUUUCUGAACUUGAAGUAAGUACGCAAUUACGGUUAUGGAAAGAAACAUUUAUCUUUCGUCGACAAGUCGUACGAGAUCAAUCAACAAGUGAUAUAAUAAAGAAUUUUCCUGCUUAUAGUAAUCCUUUUUUGAUUUUCGAAGAAGUAAAGAUGUUGAUGAACAUUGACUUAAGUAAAGAAGUUCGACAACAAGUUCCUAUUUUACUAGAUAAAUUAGUCGAAACUCCUGCAUUCAUUGCCGAUUCAUCUCCUAUUCGAUUAAUUAAAAUCUUAUGUCGAAAAUUCGGCGAGACUGUUCAACAUGUAUUCUGCGAAAACGAACCACCAACGCCUUAUCCAACAUUGGUCUCGAUUGAUGGUAUCAUUCAUAUUUACGUUGACUUUCAUCCGAUCGUUUCAACUAGUUCACCAGAUGAUGCUCUUGGUCUUCUUAUCGCAAUGUAUUCUAUUUUUGAAUUAUCAUUUGAUAAAAAGAGCAGAACCAGCCGAUUUUUAUAUUGUGUUUUAUAUGGUUGUAAACAAUUUAUAUCAAAUUCAAUUCGAGUAUUGAUAAAGGAAAAGAAUAUUGAUAUUCAUUGUGAACGUCUUCAACUGCCAUCUAUCUCGUCCUAUUCAAUCUCGAACAAUACCACAACACCUACUAGUGAAUCUCAAAAUCAGUUACAAAUUGUUACAAACGUAUUGGAUUCUUCCAUUGAUAAUCGUGAUUCUUUUAUAAUAAGUCAAACAACAGAACCAACAACUUCAACUGAUAGUUCUCGUUCAAGUGCAGAUAUGGCUUUUGAUACAAAUGAAUGCAACGAGAACCUGUCACCGUCUGAUUGUAAUUCUCAACUUCAAACAAGAAAGAAACGAAAACGUAAACAAAACUUAAAUGAAGAAGAACAUGAUGAUACAUUGAUGAGAAAUGUUCCAAAAGAAAAUACUGAGUCUUCUCUAAGUCGUGUUCCACUUGCUAGUAUGACAAAUUCAAGUGUUACAAUACGACAAACAAAACGUAAACGACGGACUUGA